AUGAUGGCCGUUGCUGCUAACAAGAACCUUUGUUGCUUCUUGUUUAAGGAGAGCAUAUUAACGUGCCGCUACGACUAUUUAAAGCAGAGGGCCCCAACCGCGUCCCCUUUUCCCCGCCGGCCGCAGAUGCCCGAAUCGCGCGACAUUACCAGCGACGACGCAAACGACGACAUCGACACCGACAGCAGCAACAGCAGCAGCAGUAUGACCACGAAGCUCUCACCCGCUCUCAAGGCGCUCAUCAACGCGCCCGCUGCGCGCCCUGGUCCCUGCCCGGCUCCAAGCGGCAUCCGCGACGUAUAUGCGCGAAUCGCGCAGGACGCUGCAGCGCGCAACCUCGGUCCGCGUCCGUGGGUGAUUCUCUCGGCCGCCGCCACGUUUACGCUCAACUCGCCCGACUCACUCUCCGCGCUGCACUCGGUCGCCUCGACCGCGUGCUCCUCCCCGACGGCCGCUGCCGAGCUCAUUCGCGAAGUCGGCCUCAAGUGCAUCUCCUUUAACGGCAUCCCGCGCACCAUCAACUGCCUCAACGCGUUUCGCGCCGCGCUACCCCCGGCCGUAACGUCGUCGCUGCGCACGCGGCCGACGCGGACGCCAGAUAUAGGCGCGGGCCCCAACAGCCUCGCGGCAACGACGGCGCGGGGCCGCGCGCUCUGGGACUCGGUGUACGCGCCGUUUGAAACCAAGUUGUACGAUAAGCUGGCGCGCGCGCAUCCGGAUCUGCCGGUGCACAUUCUGCACAGCCACUAUGCGGCGCUGCUGGCGGAUCCGCCGGGGGAAGGGGAAGAAGAGUUGGUGUUGGAGGAGGGUGAUGAUGGCAGAAGGCGGCUGGGGAGGGUCAUGACGAGCGUGGUGGCGGUGGCGUGUCUGCGCGCGCAGACGGGCGUUGGGCCGCAGGUGCUGUCGCACGUGUUCGGGCUGCGCAAGGCGCUGAGCGACGGGACGUACAAGCAGGACGGGAUGAGCGAGGACGAGGAGAGGGCGGCGAGGUGGCUGGCCGGGGACGAGGGCAGCGAGUGGCUGCUCAAGUCGGUGGAUCGUGUAUCAUCGGCGCUAGGGGGCAGUAAUUUUGCGCAGCCGAGGGAGUCGAAGCUGUAG